AUGACGGAUCAACCGAAACCGAGCCUUUUCUCUUCCCUAAGUCUGGGUCGAGCCUCUCGUUCUCCGCGACCGUCUACUACACCCAGCGAACCACUCACCCACCCUCUACUCGGUGCAUCGACAUCAUCUCUCAACCUUCCUUCGUCCGAAUUGGGUCCUCCAGACGCGUCUGCUCCUCACUUGACCCACAAAUCCAGCGGAUCAUGGUCUGCCAAAUCAGGUGCUGGCGAAUUGACGAAUCUCCCUUACAAGCCUAGACAGCGUCAUGGUGGUGGUAUAGGCUCAGCAGGUAGUGCAGUCAGUAUCUUUGGUCCAUCAGGUACAGCAUCUCCAACUAUGCAGCAGGCAACGUCAAGUGUAUCUACCUCGCCUGUAACUCCAACUACGAUAGUCUCAGCGCCACCGACUACGUCAACCUCCACUUCCACGACCUUCGCACUACCCCCUUCGACUUCUGACCCACCAGCUCAAGCUGACUAUUCAGCUCUCUCAUCUGCUCCAAACCUUCCUGGAUCAUCUGUCCUCACAAGUAGGCUUCAAAUACAGAGUCUGAAAGCUGCCGCUCAGAGAAUAGGUCUCGGUAAUGGAAGUAUGGGUAUGUCGAUGAUAGAUGCUAUUUUCGACAAGGGUCAACUUGGAAGGGCCAAAGCUGGAGAAGGAGGUGAUUGGGGUGAUUUGUUGAGAAUUCUGAUGGGAGGCAACGCUGUUUUGCUCCUUCCCACCACGCCGUCUUCAUCACUCCCGAUGACCCCUCAAACACUAAAUGAUCAUGUUGCUUUCAUCGCGCCACCUGUCUCUUUGGCUUCUUCCUCCUUCACUUCCAAACAACCUGGUAACGCAUUGGAAGCUUCGAGCGACGAGAAGACUUCCACAUUGGACAGUGUUAGCGUAUUUGUCACUAUGUCAGGUAUGAUUGGUACCAUCCAGAACGAUACUGUAUCAUUCGAGUCGACCAUUCCUUCCGAUUCGCCUCUCAUCCGUGACCUUCGCGAUGCCACUACUCGCCAGAGUGUUCUAUCUACACUCAGGCCUACACACGCUUCAUCUUCAUCUUCAUCUUCCUCUUCUUCCUUAUUUCCAACUUUUACCUUAUCCAAGGAGACAGCUAUCCUUCCAUUUCCGCCUCCAUCAAAGACGGGCCCCGCAACAACCAACGAGACAAGGGAGAAAGAAAAGCCACCUCCAGGUAAAUUAGGGCGAAUUAACCCCUUUGCCUCAUUAUUUGGAGGAUCAUCAAAUGCCCCUAGUCCCGCUCUCAGCUCCUCUCCAGUCAGCAUACAUCCACCCGCACCUCCUUCUCCAUCUCUCAAAGCCGACAAUACUCUGACACCAGAGCGACCUCCUUCACCCUUACGCCCACAUGGAGAUAGUAGACCAUCGUCACCUUCUCCAGCUUCCCCUAAGCCGGCAUCUCUUCUUACAUUCGAUCACGGCGAUAACGCUUCGAUCAUGUCAGACACCGCAUCAAUUUCGCUUGCCCAUGGAGAAGGCUAUCAAGUCACAGCUUAUACUGUUUCUCGACCUAUAAGAUAUCAUGAGACACAUAAGACCUUGACCAAAGCGAUUAGAUCUCACAUUCGAGAAGUACUGGCAAAGUUACCAGACAAAGUUAUAGAGAAGGUGGUCAAGCUUGUAUUAGCAAAUGCCUGUCCACCAUCUCAAGGUGAUGACCUACUCAAAAAUCAUAAAGGCCAUGAUGCGGAUAAUAUAGCUGUAUUAGAUUUCUACGAUCCUACCACUACAGGAGAGAGAUUGCAAGAUUUCAUGGAGGGCAUAUACGAUGAUUUGAUUUCACAUUACAGAUCCGAAGGACCCGAUGGGCUGAAGAGGAAAGGGAGUGGUAAUGUGCCUUGGGGAAGAGCAGCUCACGGACAUGGUAUAUCAGCCGAAGGAGAUGAAGAAUCUGCGAAGGAGAAGAAAGAGAAAAAUAGGCUGGAGAGAGAAGAACAGGUCGAGAAAGAAGCUAGCGAAGGUACGGAAAAGGUUGAAGCGGUGGUUUGCAGGCUAUUGUAUAAUCGAUUGUUCUCACCGCUCGAGUCUGAUGAUGCAAGACACGACGAAGCGCUCGCUUCUCGUAUAGCAGCGCUAAAUAUGCUGGACCUAUCACUGGAUCACCUAGGCUUGAUCACCAGGCCGGAGGGUGAGGAGCCGGAAGGUGUCAUCGCGAAGGGCCUGACGGACAUCGUCGACGAUAUUGGACAUGAAUUCCAGAAACUGUCGGGAAGCGAUUGUUUGACACCGAAAGACAAGGCCAGCGUCCUCAUCCAAGCACAUAAGAUCGUGGUCGAUGGUCUUGCUCGGAUGCCCAAUGUGGACCUUCGACCUGAGGGUGAGCCAUAUCGUUCUUCACAGGACGCAACGACCGCCGGUGACACACAGGGAAAUACAUAUGGUGGAGAACCGCCUACAACAUCUACUCCCGAGAAGGAACCAACAAUGGCAUCGCCCUUGCCACAGAAAGCUUUGUUAGACAACGACUACACGCAUUCGGACAUAUCACCGUCUUUGUCAGAAUCUUCUGAUCCUUUGAAUGCGAUAGGAGGCGAUAUUGGGGCCACUCCCAAGCCAACUAUGCAGAAAAGUCCGUCUGUACCUCAACUCGUACUAAAUGAAUCGACUGCCGAUCUUCAACCUGAAACAGAUCAGCUCAAACAAGCAAUGUCAGAUUCAGUCAUAACACUCACUCCCUCUAGGAGUCGAGAAACGACUGAGUCGUCUAACAGCUCUGUGCCACCACCCAAAGCAGCUACAGCUGCAAAUGGCAAACCUGGGACUUCCGGUGCCGAUCUCAUCUUGCCAAUCAUCAUCUACUCUGUUGUCAAGUCCAAUCCACCCCAACUAGCCUCGCAGCUUAUGUAUCUCCGACGAUACCGAUCUGCGAUCUGCUUGACAGGGGAAGCGAGCUACGCGAUAGUCAAUCUUACAGCUGUCGUGGAAUUCCUUGAACAUGUCGAUUUGGCUGAAUUAGGACUAGGCGGAGAGUCAGAUAGGGUUAUGUCAAUUGCCGAUCUAUCACCUAUAGGCCUGGACUACCUGGACGAGAGUAACGCAGAUGCGGCAUCGAUCGCCUCAGCCUCUUCAAGAUUGCGAGGUAGGGUAUUCCAAGUGGGUGAAUUAGCAGGUACAGCGGCUGGAUCGGCGAAUAAAGUGAUAACGGGAGUGGUGGAUUCUUCUUGGAUGGCUCUGAGAGGCCUAAUGGGUAAUGGAUCAGUACCAAAUCCUAAUGCUUCCGAGAUCGAACCUUCAUCUGCGGAAAGUGAGAAUAGACCAGAGAUGAGACCUAGAGGAGCAUCAACGUUCUCACUGGCAAGCGUGACUGCGAGUGUAGCUUCUAUCGCUGCCGCUGCAGCAGCUAGGAAUCGAUCGAGAGCAAGCUCACGCGCUUCAGAACAGGUCUGGGGAGGCAAUCAGGAAUUACAAGAGGUUUCAUCGAAUUCAAGACCCGCUUCUAUAAGGGAACGUUCAAACGAGUAUUACUCUUCCGAUGAAGAUGGUGGUGGAUCUGAUGAGGAACAUGAGGUGGAGGAGAGAGAACCAGCAGGAGAAGAGCAGAGCAAAAAUGGAAAGGGGUUGAAAGAGGAGGUGAAAGAGAGAGUCAGUCUAAGUAAUAGGUUGGCUUCGAUCGGCGUGUUGGGCAGGUUGAGUAGUCCGGCUGUACCUUCUCCACCUAGCACUACAGAGAAUGACAGUAAAGCCAUGGACGAGAGUAUCCCUGCUCCUGCACCAAGCAAAGCAUCGAACUUCUUGGCCAAUUUAACUCCGAGAUCAAUAUCAGCUUCAUUACCUUCAACUCAUACACCAGGCAGCGGAACUAAAGGUCAAGAAAUCAAACAAGCUCAAACUCAUGGGAGGAGAGGAUCGAUUUUUAGUAAUUUAGAUUCCACGCGAUCACACUCUCGUUCACCUAGAGGUAGUAUAUCGUCAUUACCGUUAUCUAAGAACAACUCAGGUGUGGAGUUGAGCGAGAAUGAUGGACCGAUAGACAGGUUCAUGAAUUGUGAUGUGGGAGAUAUCAAGAUCUCAGAGAUUGGGGCGUUGUUAAGAGAUUAUAGGAGAUUAGGAAAUAUAAUCUCGAAUGUUCAGAAGAACAGUCAACCUCAACAUCAACAACAUCCAUCCGGUUGA